CUACCGUGGGAGUAAUUUCCUUGGCCGGCAGAUCGUUCAUCAUUGCGCGCACGCAGUUUUGUGAAUAUACGAGUUUUCUUGCACACCAGCUGGUUUUUUAAUUAAAAUUACAAUGGCUCCUCCAACGUACGGUGAUUUGGGAAAGAACGCCCGUGAUGUCUUCGGCAAAGGGUAUCACUUUGGUUUACUUAAGCUCGAUGUCAAGACAAAAACCGAGUCGGGUGUCGAGUUUUCCAGCGGAGGAUUCUCGAACCAGGACACUGGAGUCGUUGUAGGCAACUUGGAGACCAAGUACAAGAUCAAAGAGUACGGGUUGACUUUCACUGAGAAGUGGAAUACGGAUAAUCUUCUGGGGACAGAUGUUACUAUUGCUGACAAACUUCUUCAGGGUCUUAGUAUUGGAUACAGUUGUACCUUUUCGCCCCAAACUGGGAGCAAGACUGGAAAAUUGAAGACUACAUACAAACAUGAAAAUGUAUCAGCCACAGCUGAUUUCGAUCUAAGCUUAAAUGCUGCUCCAUUGAUUCAUUCAACAGCUGUAAUCGGUUACCAAGGAUGGCUCGCUGGUUAUCAGACAUCAUUUGAUGCUCAAAGAAGCAAGAUAACCAAGAACAACUUUGCCUUGGGUUUCACGGCAAAAGACUUUGGUGUCCACACUUCCGUGAACAACGGCCGCGAGUUCAACGGAUCCAUCUACCACAAAGUGAAGCCAGGAUUGGAGGGCGCUAUCAGUAUUGCGUGGAAUUCAAGCAACAAUGCUACGCAGUUUGGACUUGGUACCAAGUACGAUCUUGACAGUGACGCUUGUGUCAGAGCCAAGGUUAAUUCCCAGCUCCAAAUUGGUUUGGGAUACCAGCAAAAAAUGCGCGAGGGCGUUACUCUCAGUCUCUCCACAAACAUCGACGGAAAAAACUUCGGCUCUGGUGGCCACAAAAUUGGUUUGGCUUUCGACCUCGAAGCUUAAAUCGUUUAAUGUAUUUUGUCAAUCUUAUUAACACCAACAACAAACAAUAUCAAUAAAAAACUCAUUUUGUCCCAUUUAAA